AUGGCUCGGUCAAGAAAACGUGGUCUUGGAUACAGGAAAAUGAAGCUUGCUAUAUUAGGAUUAUUCGUAUUUGGCUUUUUCCUAAUAUUGACUUAUCAGAAUACUUUCACCCACACAUGGCGAAAGACACCAAUUCCUAUUAAUUUAUCACUGAUUGCUGACAUGGAAAGUUUAACUCUAGACGAUAUUUUUAUAAGUGUAAAAACAUCAAAAAAUCUAGCGACCACAAGACUACCGAUAAUAUUGGAGACAUGGUUCCAGUUAGCGAAAGAACAAACUUGGUUUUUCACGGAUGAGGACAAUAUGGAAUUACAAAAGCAAACGAAUGGGCACAUGAUCAAUACAAACUGUACGUCGCAGCAUAACAGGGAUGGCCUGAAUUGUAAAAUGGAACUGGAAUACAGAUAUUACAUGAAAAGUGGUAAGAAAUGGUUCUGCCAUUUUGAUGACGAUGAUUAUGUUAAUAUACCGCGGUUGGUUGCGGUUCUGCAAGAAUACAAUCAUAAGCAGGAUUGGUAUUUGGGAAAAAGGUCUUCCUUCAGUCCUAUGAAGUUGGCGUGCCGUUAUUUGAAUUAUACUCGAUGGGCAGUCUAUGAUAUCGUAUUCUGGUUUGGUACAGGAGGAGCUGGUUUUUGUAUUAGUAAUGCUUUAGCUCUGAAAAUGUAUAAUGUAUUUGCUUUGAAUGGAUUCACUGACGUGUGUAGUGCCCUAACGCUUAAUGAUGAUGUUUGCAUUGGUUUUUUGAUUGAUUACGUGACGAAGCGUAAAGUUACGUUGACCCAAGUGCCGGGCUUUCAUUCUCAUAUUGAAAUUAUGAAGAAAAUCUCUUUAGAACAUUUUCAGAAACAAAUCACAUUCAGUUACUCCUCAAAUAAUACUAUUGAUAUCCGUGGGUUUAAUACUUCUGUUGAUCCUAGCAGAUUUUUGUCAUUACAUUGUUUUUUAUUUCCCAAUUUUGGCUAUUGCAAAAAUAAGGAAUCUGUGGGUAUGUUUCAACAAUAA